CUCUCAAACAGAGCUUGAGACCCCAGUGAGUAGCCAAUUGGCCUGCGUCUCAUCUCAAUUCUCAAACGAUCUGUUCCUCCAUUUACUGCCACAAACGCCUCUCUCUCUCUCUCUCUCUCUCUCUCUCUUAAUGGUUGGGCCGUAGACGACUCCAAUCUAUGGCAGUUUCUUCGAAUUCAGUCGUCGUCCUCAAUCCCUCGACCAAGUAUUUUCAUGUCCCAAAAUCUGGCACUAGAGCUUCCAUACUAAAUGCCAACCAUUUUGCAUAUCCCUUGGUGAUGGUCGGAUUAAGACAUAAAAACUCCAAGAAAAGGGGAUUAUGCCUUUUAGUUGCAGAUGGUGAUCGGAUCGCAAUAGAUGCCAUUGAUAAGGGUCCUGCAAAUGCUGAAACAUCAGAUUCUGAUGUACGCUCUUCAUCACUGGACUCCCCAGUAGGAAAUAGCCAGUUUCAAACAAGUUCCGAAACUGUGUCCGAGGAUUCAAAUGGGUCUGUUGUUUCCUCAAAUCAGAAACAGGAGGCAACUUCUGUCAACACGAAAUCUGGCGUGAAAAGAUCUUCACUAACAGCUAGAGAGAAACUAAGGGCGGCCCGUGUACUCAGUCGUUACACUGAAUCAAAGGCUUCUAAUAAAGCACCCCUUGGAAGCAAAGUUUUGGAGGCUCUAAGAGAGAGUGACAAAGGGAAAAAGAAAUCUCGCCUUCCGGAAGCCCCUACGAACAUGUUAGAUGACUCCAAACGGGGAAUGCCAAAGCCGGGUUGGACUUUUGAGUUUCCGGGAGGUAUUGACGUGUUUUUCAUUGCCGUUUCGUUUGUACUUAUCAGCACCCUGAUGUUUGCAACGACUUAUUUCGUGUGGAAGGUUGGCGCAAUCCAUUUUAACGAAUAGUAGGAGGGUAACGAGGUUUUGUCUUCUUUCUGGUGAGAAACAGGCUAUUUCAAUUGUAGUCUGCUUAAUUACUUACCGAUGCUGUUUAGUCUCACAACUGGGAGUUUAAAUAUAUUCUUUCAGUUCAAGUAUAAUGGUUUUUGUACAGAAAUUAGAUUGGGCCACGAUAAUAUGUCAUGAUUCAAUAAUGAUUUUGUUCUUUUUUCUUGAA